AUGGAAAACAACCUCGGAAGAAGUCACAGCCUAAAGCCGCCGAGGCGCAAACUCCAGAAACCCGACCCCAAGCUCAAAAGUCUCAACAAGGCCAAGCGUGGCUCUACCGAUUCUCACUCAUCUUCUACCAUGGCCAGUCUAAGCCCUCAGAGCACAACCUUUCCCUCACCUUCGCAACGUCAGAUGUCAAAUGGUGCGCCUGACUUGAGCGACUCUAAAUGGGAUCAUUAUCUUCGACCUAAAACUGUUUUUGUUCCUUCACUACCAGAAUCUGAGGAGGUCUAUGAACAUGAAAUGUAUUCACCUCAAGGACAUCAGCCGGUGCAACAUCCCGACCCCGAGCCUGAACCGAGAGCUUUCUUCAGCCCUCCGCCACAAAGACAGUCAUCUCAGCGUCAGAUUCCCGAAUUUCAUCAUUUAACUCUCCAUGAACACAAGGCUCGGCCAUCGCUGGAUAGUGCAUCCUACCCUUCGACAGCAUCAACCACUUCAACCUCAUCAGCCAUGCGCCGUCAAGCAAAGACACCCGUUUUUAGAAUUGGUCAACUAGAGCAACAUGCCCUUGCGCGCAAAGCAAAAGAUACACCAGAAAAGACAUCGAGUGUCGAGUUGAUCGCUGAUCAAUACAGCGCUCUUCUCGAAUCAAGAGAUGGCCCUCCAGCGCUGGACUCACAAAUACCAUCCCGCGCAUCGCAAUACUCAUUCGACGACACUCCUCUCCAAAUCCCUCCGUAUGCAGCAAAGCGAUCUCAGAGCAUGCGAACAUCAAAUACUUACUCAUCAAUGACGGCUGUACCCCGUCAGCUGAGACCCAGACUCAGAUCUGCACCUACUCACGAUACGAACGUGGCUGCAGUUGCAGGCGACGAUAUCUACUUCAAGCCCUAUUCUCUCUCACCACCACCUUCUCCCGAAUACCCGGGAACACCAAGACACUCCUGGACAGACGAAUUCAGACCCCCGUCAUCAUCGGGGCACUCAUUCCAGGACAACAUCAGUCUCCAAAUAGCGCUUGAUUUACUUACGAGCGAAUUAUCAUCCGUUAUGUCAGGCCGACCCCUGCGCAACGGACAGAACACGGCAGCUUUGCAGAUAUGGGUCAUGAUCGAGGCUUACGAACGACUGCGCGAUCAAUUAACCAGGCAAGAACCAUCAAACGCGGAGGCGCAAAAGGUUGCGACCAUGUUUGAUUGCUGGUUGGCAUCACUCUACUCUAUUCACUCCUCUUUGACGGAGAGUACGUUACCCAGCCCGACAGAAUACGCAGGGUUGGAAGAAGAAUUGGAUUAA